AUUUGAACUGCCAGUCUAUCUCGUGUAGUGCAGCAGCAAGUUCCUCUCUGAAAUCUUAUCUUUCCACCACAUUCAAAUACUACAACCAUAUACCUCUAACUUUCCCUCAGUUUCAGCUGAAAUUCUCAGACGACAUCCAUGGCUACUGGUACUAAGUUGUUUGCUGCCGCUGUUGCUAUACCGAUGGUCAUUCUCUUUUCCAAUUUGCAAACUGUCACCAAUGAGCCUGCACUUUCAGCUUCUCCAUCUGUUUUGCCAUAUGUCAAUGCACCCAAUAUGUCCUCCUUUUUCCCUUCUGAAGCUCCCCCGCAGUGGCCAACAAGUUCAGCAUUCCCACCCAUACCAAGCUCAGGGGAGUUUGUAGGGAAGAGUUCCUGCAGUUCAGCUAAGUCUGAUGUUAGUAUUGUUAUGCUUCUGGAACUCAUAAUCUUGUUUGUAAUGAGACUGUUCUCUACUGUUUAAGCACAUAAAUUAUACUCUAUAUAUAUAAUUAGUAACAAUCUACUCUGCUGUCAGCUGCUGUUCUUUACUGCCAUUCAUUUUCAGCCUUUGCAAUUUUCAUGCUUACUAUCUGCAAUACCAGAAAGAAUCCCCAAAUAGUAUGAGAAAUCUAUUAAACAGUUCAUGACA